AUGCAUAUUACGUCAAACGUUCGAAACCUGGAAAAGUUUCUCAAGGCUUUCCCAUGGGCUGGCUCGGAACAGCUUACGGAACCUGAACUCGCUGAACAUUUCGCUGGUAAGCAAGAUGCUCGAGCCCAUCACUACAAUCUUGUAGUUGCCAAGGUUGUCUCUAUUGGAGCUACAGUGACGGAGGACCGUGAGGGUCAUGAGAGGCAACUGGUGCUGAACGAGAUGCUCAUUGCGCCGCUUGUCGGCCGUGAAUCAAGCCUGGGCCACAGCUCGGCUCUGCCCACUGAGGGAAUUGCUGUGGGAUCAACUAUUGACUACGUCAGUACUGGCGGCGGCUUGGGUGUCUCACCGGACAAUCCUCCGGGCAAGGGAGACCCCUCUAAAGUCAAAGUGCUCAGCAUAUUACGCUAUUCGUGUGGCAAAGUAGCCAAAGCUCAGGACUUUGCCAAGGAUUUGCCUUCCGUAGACAAGCUGAAGCCUGUCACUAUUGUUGUGGGGUCCAAGUCCGAUGCAGGAAAGACAACUGUCUGCAUUGACAUCCUGAAGAGCCUUGCUUCUGCUGGACGGCGAGUCGGCAUUGCAAAAACUUCAGGGACUGCGCAACGCAUGGAAAUUGAAGAACUUGCCGUACACGCCAAUCAAGGACUCGAUACAGCGGAUGCUGGUAUGCCGACCACAUACGCUCCGUCUCAGGAGCCCGAUGAGCGGGCUAAAUUCACUCACCAGCAGUCCCUUCUCGCAGCUGAAUCAAACCUACGUGCCCUUUCUGUUGCCAACGAAAUCAUCCUGGUUGAGUUCGGAGGUGAUUUACUGUCUGCAAGUGUGCCUGAGAUUCUCGCUGACCCUGCACGUUUGAACAUUGUGGCAGUAAUCAUGGUAGCAGAAUCGGCAACCGCCGCUAUCGGAAUAGAAACGAAGCUACUGAGGAUCUCUGAGAGUUAUGGUAGUAUCCCAUACUAUAUUCGGGAGACACAAUGUGCAGGAUGUUUUGAUCUAUGGAACAAGAAUAACUCUCUUGCAUCGCAGAGUCAACGAGACGCUAGCGCAGCCUCUUCCCAGGAGUUAAUGCGGAAGCUGUUGGAGCAUUGUAGCCCUGACUCUGUUUAG